AUGCACCGGUUAAUUGUUCACACCCCGAACUUCAAUUGCUCUCAACUUGACACGUGUCUAAAGUGUCUGAAUUCCCAAAGAGUUUGUGUAUUUUUGGAGCGACAACCGCGGCAAUCUCGACAACACAGGCCAAAGCAUAGCUCAAAAGCCCGAAUUUGUACGCUGGAGUCGAAGGUCGAUAACCUGAUUGCUUUCACUAGUCAGUCUCAACCGAUUCACGGGCAAGUACCUUCACAGAGUGAGGUGGAGUUUCUGGAACUUGGCUUGUCUACCAAUAGUUCAUCUUCUAGCCACGGGGAACGAGAUUCCACGCCCAGCAGCAGCCAUAACAACAGCACAAGCUCAAACACCCUCAAUUGGCCGCUUUAUAGAUGGGCUGGCUAUCCGAAAAUCAAAGGCAUAUCCUGCCCUGAACUACUGCUUGAGUGUGGCCUGUCUAUUGAGGCUGCUGAAGGAUUCCUCAGACGGUUUCGCAACAUGACCUCUUACUUUCCAUUUUUCAUGUUUCCCAGGAACGCUACUGUUUUGACAAUGUGUAAAGAACAGCCUUUCACCCUAGUGGCAGCAUUGACGGCAGCGACCUCUUCAGACAAGAAAUUACAAAAGUCCCUUGGUGACAAAUUUAGAACCUGCGCUCUCCACACUAUUAUGAUUCACAAUGAGAGAAGUCUAGAUCUCCUGAAUGGAAUUCUAUUCAACCAACUACUCCAUAUCGCAACUGCCAUGGUUGAUGACAUGGGCUUGAACCUCAGACCUGCCGAGGCAAUGGAUAGGAAGAUAGGACUUCGACUGAUGCAUUAUCGCAAAGCCUGUACACCUUCAGCGAGCCACGAUGAAUUUUUCAGCUGA